GAGCCACUGGCAGAGUCCAACUCAUUCCGCGAGGACAAACAACCCGUCUCCUGAGGAGCUUUGACGUCGCCAACAUGAAGCCCCAAAUGCUGUUGUUGUUGAUUGGAACCAUUGCUUCAGCAUUGGCUGCACCUCAAUUCGACUUCAACAAUAACCAGCCAACGCCCUACAGCUACGCCUACGGCGUGAGUGACCCCAACACGGGCGACGAGAAGGAACACAAGGAGACAGUUUCACCUUCAGGAGUGACCGAGGGCGAAUUCAGAUGGCUCCAGCCCAACGGGCUCUACAGAAUAACAAGAUACACUGCUGACGACGCCUCAGGAUUCCGUUCCAUUGUCAGUGAGGAACCUGGUGAGAGAGUAGGAAACUACUACACAAACUCCCUUCUGGACGGCUCAGUCGAAGUGCCUACCGUUUUCCCCAGCCAAGGAAACCUGCAGUCCUUCAUCGGCUUCCAGUCUGGAAACCAACAAUCCUUCAACAGCUUCGACUCUGGAAACCGAAUCGUCACGAGUUCUCAGAGCUUCCAGAAUCAGGCACCAAUCAGAGUCCCAACGUUCCAGACCUCAACAAUUAGCACAACUCAGAACCAAGGCUUCACCAGCCUCCCAGUCCAGAGCUUCACAAUCUCACAGAACCCUCAGCCACAGACAUUCACAACAUUCACAACCUCACAACCUUCUCAGAGUAGCGGAAACAUCAUUGACGGUGGAAUCAUCGAUGGUGGCGUCGUCAGUGGUGGAGUCAUUGAUGGUGGAAUCGUUGGCACCACUUCCAGCACUUUUGACUCCGGUUUCAACCAGUUCAGUCCCAACGGCAAUUCUUUCAACGCUGGAUCAAGCCUGAACAACUUCGGUUCUUCCUCCAGUAACUUUGGUCUGGACUCGAACAGAGUCGGAACCAAUAGGUUCUCCGGUGCCACCAUCACCCGAGGUGUCCCUGUGAUACUGGGCAGUGGCCCUAAUCAGUUCAGAGGAUAAUUCAUCAUCAUCCAACCACCCACUUAUUUGUUAAAGCCUCUUGACAAGUUUCAUACUUUUGCAUUUCCAAAGAUACCUGUGAACUAUUCACCAAUAGUGUAAUGGA